AUGGGGGACUGGGAUACUCCGGAUAAUGUUGAUACUGGGGAAAAUGGACAGAAAUUUCAAAAGUCGACAGAAAAUGUCUUUGAUUCAAAGCACAGAGAAGAUCCUGAAGAUUCCUACAAGGCCCACAAGAAGGAAUCGAAAGAGCAGGAAAGGAGACUGGCAGUCAGUCAGUGGGACAUGGAUGUACAACCCCUGGUUUCAUCUUCUAAAUGGCUUCGACUUCAUGGGCUCAAAAGUAGUGACUUGUCCCUAUCUCAGAUAUUGUCACAGGUUGGAUUCCAGCACAAAAAAGAUUAUGUGACCACCUUGGGGAAAUCUGUGGCUUCUCGGUAUGCAGAUGGUCUGUUUCCUCAAUACAAGAGUGCACAAGAUGGCAGCGUGUAUAAUCUGACAGCCAAAAAAGAACUGAUUCUUCAUUUUGUGGAUUGUCUAAUGAGAGCCAUUGAGCUAUAUAAGAAACGAAUGGAAUGGUUAACCAGCGGCAGCCGGCAGAUAUUUGGAGUGAUUCAAGAACGGUGCAUUGUCAUUGUUUUGGAUUGUGGCACUGCGGCUCCAUCUGAAUUUGAUCUAUGUCGGGAUGCAAUUGCUAUGGUACUUGUCGAACAGGUGAUCCAAAUUGCCAAAUUCAACCUCAUUUGGGCUGCUCAGGAUCUUAUGAAGUGGCAACAGAAAUCUACUCCUGUGUCUGAGCAUACUGUAAAGUCUGCUGUUACGUGGCUCUGGAAGCUGGACCAUAUGACAGCUGCCAGCCAUACUAAGUCUGUUGAAGCCCUGCUGGAAGCCAUGAGUGAUGAGGCGGUUGAAGCCAUUUAUUACUUUGCCAUGGGUGAUAUUCCAGUGGACACAAAGCAACUACUCCUUGAGAAGGUUUCUGGUGGCCCCUGUCCAGUCAACACUGUAUCUUUCAAUGCGAGGGAAGAUGAAACUAUUAUUUUUCUGAAAGAAUUGAGCCGCUUGGCCUCUGGCAGAUUCCAUGCUUUUGCUGAGGAGAAUGACUAUAGAGAUGCUACUGGACCUGCACUAAAAUGUGAAGAGGAUGGAAAAGGUCUAAUUGCCCUAAACUCCAGAACAGUGAAAGGGCGCAUGCCACUAGUAGCUGGUGUCCGUGAAGAUGUCUUUUUGAUCUGGAAGGAGUUGGAGGAAGCCAGGAGUACAGUGACACAAGUUCAGAACAUUUUAUCAGAAUCUGACCGGCUUGCUUCCCGAGAUGCAACCAAAGCUGAUCAUCCACUACAAAAGCAUACAUCUGACAAAUAUUUGACUUCUGAGGAGUGGUUGCAGAAGUAUGGCUUGAAAGCACAGAAGCUCACACUGUACGAUGCACUGGCUGAUUGUACUUUUCGCCAUGCAGAUGGGAUUGUUGACAUAAAAACUAAACCAGUGGAUGAAUCCUCACAAACCGAUGCUGAGACAAAGAGGAAGGUAAUUCAUGCAAAAUACUGUGAAAAGUUUGUACAUACCUUCUGGAAAGAUGGAACUAUAGUUCACAUAUAUGUUAGCACAGAAAAGUAUAAGCAGUACGAAGAGAAAAUGAGGAUGGCUCUCAAACAAGUGGAAAGAAGGAUUAAGUGGCUUGAACAAGGAAGCAGAGGGCUUUUGGGAAAUGUGUUUGAAGAUAAUGUCUAUAUUCUUAUUGAUACAUCCCGGUCUAUGAAGGACAAACUGCCACUGGUGAAGGAGAAAAUAUUUCAGCUCAUAAAGGAACAACUGAGACACAAAAAGAGAUUUAACUUUGUGAAAUUUAGUGCCCAAGCAGUGGCAUGGCGAAAGAAACUUACUGAAGUUAAUGAGGAAAGUUUGCAAGAUGCUUGGCUUUGGAUAAAAGGGCUUGAGGUGGGAACUUCCACAAAUACACUCAAAGCUCUCCAGAUUGCUCUUGCUGAUACUGACACUCAGGCUAUUUAUCUCUUGACUGAUGGGAGACCUGACCAGCCCCCUCAAUUAAUUUUGGCUCAAGUCCACCUUCAUCAUAAAGUUCCCAUCCAUACUGUAUCCUUCAACUGUGAUGAUAUGGAAGCUAAUAAAUUUUUGUAUCAGCUAUCUACUGAAACAGAGGGACGGUUUCGUUAUUACAACAUUUAUUUGACUGAUCCUGAUACUGCAGAGUUUAUGGUUAGUGAAGACAUAAACCUUUUGAAAAAAGAGAUUGAACAAGGAGAAACAGACCUAGAGAAAGUGAAAUCCAUUCAUGCCGAAUGUCUGAUGAUGGAUUGUUAUAAUGGAGAAAAUGAUGCAGAGAAUAACAGUAAUCACAAGCAGACACAUACUGUGUCUUCUGUAACCAAACACGUUGAAGACCUGAGUACUACUCUUAGCAGUAGGCCAUGCUGUGCUUCAGAAGAGCCAGCACUGACACCACAUCAGCGAAUCUGGCAAACCACUGCUGACAGUCCAGCCCGAAGGAAGAAAGCAUUAUAUGCAGAGCAAAGAAAGAUGAACCUGCUGCGAAUCCUGAGCCAUAGUAUGAAAUCUAGGGAAGAAAGCCCAGAAGAGGGAAUAUCUCCUGAAAAAGAGAGUUUUCCUGUAAAAAAGAGUGUGAAAUGUCCAGCCAUUUUCAAAGGCAAGUUGACAGAACAGGAAGCUCUGGUUGGGGCAGACAUUAACAUUUCUCCUGCUGCGUUUGUAACUAAAGGCGCCUCAUUUGAGGCAAAACUGUGCAGACCUGCAGAUCAAAGGACUGGAACGCAGCAGAGAUGCAGAGAGCUGGACACGCAGGAGGAUCUGAAAAGGCAGAAAGCUGUGAAAAGGACAUCUAAAAGUUCUCUAGAUAUGUCUUCAGCUCUUUGGUUAAAGACCCAUGGCUUGGUUGCUAGGCGACUCACCAUCAUGGAUGUCUUAGCUCCUACAACCAUUCCUCAUGAUACCAAAUACGUCCCAGUUCUGGACAAGCAUGUAGUUUCUAAAGUAUUUGACAAGAUGUUACCCUUGGCCCAUGUUAGCAACGACAAGAAGCGGAUCACACUAAUUAAUCCUCAGGCAGUGAAUCUUGAUGCCUAUAAAGAGAAGCUGGAACAAGCCAUUAAAUCCUAUGAAAGAUUUAAAGAGGAUCGGCCAAUCCAAUAUAUGCAGCAUAAAGAAGAUUUGCUGGAGGCUUUAGAGAAUUUGGGAUGGCCAAUUUCCUAUGAAGAUGUGAUGUUGAUAGAAGACGAGAUAGUGGCAGCAUUAACAUACAUACAACAGGCCUCUGAUCUUCAGGAAGCUGUCAAAAAGGAAAGAACUGGAGUCUGGGGAGCUGCCCCACAAAGAGGAGAAUUAGUGCAUGAAGAGCCCAAACUAGCAGGGCAGAAUGAUGGACAGUGGCAGCUCGGGAAAAUGUGGAAAAUGGCAGCCAGAGCCAUAAUUGGCCAAGGAACUGUGAUAAAGAAUAUCGGUUCUACCUGUGCAUUUGUUGACUUCAGCAAUGGGGACACCUGGGUUGUACCUGUGGAGUUCACUAUACCUGUGGGAGGUGCUAUGCCAUGCCCAUAUCUGCAGGUUGGAGACUAUGUGUUUGCCAGAACUGGGACACAGACAGGAAACGAAUGUUAUGUGCCUGCCAUUGUCAUAGCAACACCAAAGAGGGUGGAAACAGGUGACAAACUCUACACGGUUCUGAUGUUCAACAACAAGAAAGAACACUGUGUAAGAAGUGGGCUUAUUAAAAUCAGCCAAACAAAGUAUGCCUUAUCCUGUCAGUACAUAAAAGUGGUGCAGACGGUGGAUUAUAUGACAGAGACCACAAAGCCCUAUCCUCACUCUUCUGUGGAAGAUGAAGGAGGAGAAGAAGCAAAGAAAAGUAUUGUGAAAGAAGAUAGGGGAAAAAAGAAGAAGAGGAGGAAAGCAGUAAACAAAAGACAUCCCAGGAAGAGGAUGUCGGACUCUGAUGAUCCUUUGUUUGUCUCCAGAAGGGAAGUAAAACAGAGAGGAAGAAAAUCGCUGUCUAGCAAUGAAGAAGAAUUUGGGG